ACAAAGCGACAGUCAUCUUCCAUGCAAAAUUUGACAUAUUACAAUUCGUUGUUAUAAAUUCAUCGAGUAUUGUUUUCAAUUGUUAGCCUUUGUAUCAUAUUUUUGCAAUUUUGAGCGUAUAUAACAUUAUUUUUAAAGUAUUUAAGUAUCAAUCGCCUGUCGACAAGCGCCUGGCUAAAUAAAAUGGAAGUCGACGAGGAAGAUUUCGAGGUACCAACUUCAAGUAGCAAAGGCGAAAAGAAGCGUUUUGAUGUGAAAAAAUGGAAUGCAGUCGCACUGUGGGCUUGGGAUAUUGUUGUAGACAAUUGCGCUAUUUGCCGUAACCAUAUAAUGGAUUUGUGUAUAGAAUGCCAAGCCAAUCAGGCGUCUGCUACCAGCGAGGAAUGUACUGUCGCGUGGGGCGUCUGUAAUCAUGCUUUUCAUUUUCAUUGUAUCUCCCGUUGGUUAAAGACUCGUCAGGUGUGUCCAUUGGACAACAGGGAGUGGGAGUUCCAGAAAUAUGGUCACUAAUUGGCGAUAAUACAGUGAUCUGGCUCUUUUAUUAAUUUCAUCUUCAAAACAACAAAGGCGCUACUGUUACUGAGAUCGUCUACAUAUAAUUUAUAACGUGUUUGCUAAUGAACUGUGGCAUUUUUGGUUAAAAGCUGAAUAAUAAUUUAGAAUUAGUUCGUCAAAAUGAAUGCAAAAUAAAGAAUUUGAUACAAAAACAACAA